UUGAAUAAAGGAAGAAUCAUUAUUUUCCAAUUAAAGCUCACCCUUUCCUUCAUUAUGCAAAAAUACACAACCAUAAAACCAUAAUCACCUCUCUAUAUGACCCACGUUUCUUCCUUCACUUCUUAAUAACCUCUCUAACGCUUCUUCUCAUCCUUCACAUACACAUUAAUCCUUGAUUUAACCUUUUUUUUUUGGUCCCAACAAGAACAUGGCAAAUGGUAAUUAUUCAUCGCCAUAUUCCCAGCCUCCUUUGCCGAUACACCUUUGCUUCUUCCUUCUGAUACUUUUCAUGCUCAUAGGCUUCUCGUGGUACAUGAACUACGAGCCAGUUCUAGAGGGCAUGUUCGAUCAAGUGAAGCUGGUUCUGAUGGUGUCCCCACUGCUACUUUUGCUGGUCGUUCACUGGCUUUCUAAUGAUGAAAGCAGAAGGCUUUCCUACUUUAUUCCUUUGCCAGAGAAAGACUCUCUUCACAGGGCUGGAGGAACUCCUUGGGGAGUUGGGUUUCUGCUUGUUUUUCUCUUCUUCAUGAUUUCUUACCAAUCUUCUUUCCAAGAACGCUGGUUUCCUCUUUUAAGCAGAUAGCAGCACAACUAAUUUAAGCAUCAAGAAGUGUGAUCCUGCAUGUGUUUCUGCAAAGCCUCUUUCUUUUCUUUUAGUUGGAUGAGGGGGUAUGCACUAUUUCCCAAGGAAUUAGUAUAUUAUGGAUGAGGCUUCCAGAAUAAAUUUUCCCAAUCUUCACAUAUAUAAAUAGUCUUGCUAACUUGUACUAUUAUUGUAAUUAUGUGAUAAAUUUAACGUUGUGUUAUCUGUAGAAUUAAGCUCCAAGCUUGCCAGAA